CCUCUCUCUCUCCCUCUCUCUCUCCCCAUCAGAUGGUGUUCUCUCAGGACCGCCACGAGGACGUGUUGGACUUGUGUCUCGUCCAAUUUGAGCCCGACUCCUCAGAAUUCAUCAGGGUCCACUCUGCCACCUAUGAGGACCUGGAUAAGCACGGCAAAUACGAUCUGCUGCGCUCCACCCGGCACUUCGGGGGCCUGACCUGGUUCCUGCUGAACGCUCGCCGGGUGGACGCGCUCAUCGUGGACAUGCUGAAGAGAGAGCAGCUCCAGGAUGCAGUGAACCUUGUGUCUCUGUUCCACAUGGUCCACCCUCACAGCGAGUCAGCGCAGGAAGCUUCCAGCCAGCAGGCCGCCGGCGCCGAGCUGCUGAAGAUUUAUGCCCAGAAGGAGUCUCAGAGGUCGGGCUACAUCGAGCUGGCCCUGCAGGCUCAUGAACAGAUGGCUGCCAAGAGCGCCAGCGCCUGACUGGACCACUAGAUAGAUAGAAAUAUACAAAUUCAUCCUCAUGACGAAUGGUACCAUGAGCAGAGGGAUACACUGAAAAUGGCAUCUCGUAUGUCAAACACAGCUUUCAGUGUUGGGGUGGAAGUGGAGUAUGUGAUCCUUGACUUAAAGACUUAGCUUUGAAACUGAUGAAGAUGCAGUUAGUCAUUUAUACAUGGAAAGAAAUGUUUCUGUGAAGUCAAAAUGAUGUAAAUAAAAACUAAAGAUCUUU